AUGACAGACGAAAACGAAACUCAAUCCAAACCAGUCAUUGAAGACAGAAUUUAUGUCGGUAAUGUCGAUUUUAAAGCUACUGAAGAUGAAUUGAAGGAAUUAUUCGAGGGCUUAAGUGUCACCGAAGUUGAAAUUCCUUUUAAAGAAACUGUCCGUGGUGAAAAUACUUUCAAGAGACAUUUAGGGUUUGCUUUUGUUCAAUUUGAAAGUAAAGAAGAUGCUGAUAAGGCAAUUGAAGACUACAAUGGCAAGAAAUUCCAAAGACGUAACAUCUUCAUCAAGAAGGCCGUUCCACCUCCAACUGAAGAAGAAAAGAAAGAAAGAGCUGAAGCUUUUAAGAUUAAACGUGAAGAAUAUUUGAAGGAACGUGAAGAAAAGAGAAAAGAAGCUCAAAAGAGAAGAGAAGAAAGAAUUGCUGCUGGUGAAGAUGGAGAAAAGACCCCAGAAGGAACUCCUUCAAAGGACACUAUUUUCAUUACUAACUUAGAUUAUCGUGUCAAUGUUAAGACCUUAAGUGAACUCUUUAAAGAUUUGAAACCAAAAUGGAUUCAUGUUCCAACUAGAAGAGUUGCUAGACAUCUCUUAAACCGUGGUGGUGCUAGAAGACAUCCUUUCAAUAAGGGAAUUGCUUUUGUUAAAUUCAUUGAUGAAGAAACUCAAAAGAAGGCUGUUGAACAAUUCAAUGGUACUGAACUCAAUGGUAGAAAUAUUAUUGUUGAUAUUGCUAUUGAUGCCAGAGUUCCAAAGGAAGGUGAAGAUGAAGAACACCAUGACGAAGAAGGUAGUGGUGAAGAAGCUCAAGAGGAAUAG